GCGCCGAGGUGCCCCGACGCUUCUGCAUGCCGGUGGUAGGCUCGACUCCCACAAGAGGUGGGAGCCUCUCAGAGAUUGGAGUGAAGAGAGAAGCCCACCCAUCCCUCUUCCCCACUGUGUUGUGGGAGAGUGGAGUAGAGGAGUAGUGAAUGGUCAACGGCCAAACCGGGUGGGGGUCCCAACCAUGAGAGGGGGUCCCAGCGGCUCCCAGAAGUUACUCACUCGUUGGCGGGAGGUGAAAGCCCCGGCCUCCCCCUGACCAUGGAGGCUGGGGCCAACUCCAGCAGCCCUCACCUCAACGCCUCCCGCCCGCGGCCGGCGCCCGAUCUCGGCCGCUACUCGCCGGAGGCCGUCGCUGGGCUCUCCGCCCUGGUGGGGCUGCUCAUCCUCCUCACCGUGGCGGGCAACGUGCUGGUGGCGAUCGCCGUGUUCACCAGCCGCGCCCUGCGGCCACCCCAGAACCUCUUCCUGGUGUCGCUAGCUUGCGCCGACAUCCUGGUGGCCACUCUGGUCAUGCCUUUCUCGCUGGCCAACGAGCUCAUGGGCUACUGGUACUUCGGCACGGCGUGGUGCGACAUCUACCUGGCCCUGGACGUCCUCUUCUGCACCUCGUCCAUUGUCCAUCUCUGCGCCAUCAGCCUGGACCGCUACUGGUCCAUCAUCAAAGCCGUGGAAUACAACCUCAAGAGGACACCCCGCAGGAUCAAGGGGGCUAUCGUGACCGUGUGGGUGAUCUCGGCUCUCAUCUCCUUCCCUCCGCUGCUGUCCCGGGACCGCACACUGGAGGAGGACCAGACUUACCCGGCUUGCCGGCUGAACGACGACACCUGGUACAUCCUACUGUCCUGUGUGGCCUCCUUCUUCGCCCCCUGCGUGAUCAUGGUGCUGGUGUACGUCCGGAUCUACCAGGUGGCCCGUCACAGAACCAGGGGCAUGUCGGUGAAGAGGGACCCUCCCGAGGGCUCGUCCCAGACUGAAGAGGCGGCAGGAGGUCCCAGGGCACCGGAGGACAGACAGAACGGGCACUGCAGCCGACCGGGCGAGGAGCCGCCCGACGUCGAGGUGGACGAGAGCUCUACCUCGGAGGAGAAAGGUCGCAGGAAACAGGCGGCCAAGAAGGACUCCUUCUCCAAGCGCUCCAGCCGCCUCUCCCGGUCGAGCAGCCGCUCUUUCGCGGUGUUCUCCACCCGCAGGAGACGCCGGGGCAGCCGCGCGUCCAGGAGCAAAGUGUCUCAAGCCAGGGAGAAGAGGUUCACCUUCGUCCUGGCCGUGGUGAUCGGGGUGUUCGUGAUCUGCUGGUUCCCGUUCUUCUUCAGCUACAGCCUGUACGGUAUCUGCCGGGAGCUCUGCCAGGUGCCGGAAACCCUCUUCAAGUUCUUCUUCUGGAUCGGCUACUGCAACAGUUCGCUCAAUCCGGUCAUCUACACCAUCUUCAACCAGGAUUUCAGGAGAGCUUUCCAAAAGAUUAUCUGUAAAGCCAGAAAGAGGCACUUUUAACGCUAGCCCAAACCAUGGUUUAGCAUUCUAAACCGGUGAACUAUUGGGUUGGAUACAAGUUUACAUUGUAUUCCGUGUAUAUAGUAUGUAUAUUGUAUGUACAUAAUAUAUACAUUAUAUGUAUGUGUAUGGAGUGUGUGUGUGUGUAUACUGUAUAUAAUAUGGUAUGGAUCCAAAAUGUAAGUAUAUGGAUAUACUGUACUUAUUUUGAGUAAUUUUUAAUUGGAUAUAUUUAUUAUUUAUUUUAUAUUGGUUUGAUUUUCGGAGUUUGGUUUUAUAUAUAAAAUGGUGAAAUUUUAAAUAUUAUGUGUAUCACUUUAUAUAUAAUUGAUUUUGUAUAUAAAAGGUGAUUUUUUAUAUAAUGCUUGAACCACUUCAUAUAUAAAAUCAAUUAUAGAUGUAAGAGUUUGAUCAAAAAUGGUUUUAUAUAUAACUAAGUUGCUUUAUUUGUAUAAAAAAUUGCAUAUAAUGUAUAAUUUUAUCAAACCAGCCAACCUAUGGAAGAGUUAAAGUCCAGCUGUCUUUCAGUCCCUGCAUUUUCUGAUACUCCUGUGUUUCCUGUGUGUUAUCUGGCUUUGACAAGUAGCUGUCUUCUCCACACCUUACCCCUAACCAACCCACCCCCACCCCUCACUAGCGAAAAUAAACAGCUGGAAAG